AUGAAAGCGUACAUGUAUGACAACCUGCCCGGCGACCAGCGACUGGCGCACGAUUCUGGCAAGGCCGUCGACGCCGACGCACUGGGCAAGCUCGGUGUUCUAUACUACCGCAUAUCUGAAAUAGAUGGGGUGAAUGAGCUCGCAAAUAAACGAGGCUAUAAGAACCGUGAUGAGAUAUUCGUCUCGCCGGAAAAGAUGGGUCCAGUCUAUGAGGAAAAGGUCAAGAACUUCUUCCACGAGCACCUCCACGAGGACGAGGAAAUUCGAUACAUUCGUGGAGGUCAGGGCUACUUCGACGUGAGAAGUCAAGAUGAGAGCUGGAUCCGCAUACACCUCGACAAAGAUGAUCUUAUUAUCCUGCCCGCCGGCAUUUAUCACAGAUUUACAACUGACGAGUCCAAUUAUGUCCAUGCCAUGCGAUUAUUCAAGGACGAGCCAAAAUGGACUCCAUUGAACCGUGUUCCGGAACUAGACGAUAACAAGUAUCGCAAGGAGUAUGUUAAUGAGUUUCUCUCCCGAUAG